AUGGAUAUCAAGCAAAAGCCUAUAACAUCAUCAUCUUCUUCCUCUUCUUACUCGUCCUCUGAAUCCCCUAAAACUCUUCCUCCUCCCCAAUCCUCUACUUGCUCCUCUUCCUUAUUCCCCCCUUUACCUUCUCAACGUUUUCAAACAGAACAAAAAAAUUUUGGAGGAUUUCCAUUUUUAACCAAUCCAAAUGGAACAAAAGCAGAUGGAAGGUAA